AUGCCGAUCACUGGACACCCCUUCCAUCCCACCGGCACCCAGGUAGUAGCCAAUUUAGAACGCAUUGCUGCUCACGAAGCGAGCGGUCUCCACACUCCCAGCCAUACACAACAUACCAGUACACCCAGCCAGCGCAUCAGUACCAAUACCAAUACUACCGAAGUGCCAUCAACUGCUACGAACAAACCUCCCCGCAAACGCAACAAAACCAAAAGUAAAAAAGGUAAAAGCAACAAGCGAAAGCGAAAUGAUACCGGCUCUGGCGCUGAAACGGAGGAAGAACCGGUGUUCGACCCAGCCGAUUUGAAAAACUCUGAUAAAACCGCGUUCCACGAGGAAUUGCAAACCAUGAUUGCAAUCAAAGCCCUCGAACUUGGCACCACCGUCUCAGACAUUGAAGCAGUUUUUGAUAUGCUUAGUGGAGAGUACAUCGGUGUUCGCCGCCCUUCGCGAUGGAACCGAUUCCUCCAAAGUCCCAGAGCCAGAGAAGUUUUCAAAGCAGCUCGAGGUGUGGGUAGUGGUGAAGGCAUGAGACAGCUCAGUGCGGUGUGGAAAAGCAUGACUGAGGCGGAGAAGGACGUCUACAAGGAGGCCACUCAAGAGACCGAUCCGGCCAGCCUUCAAGCUAUGGACGAAGACCUUGCGGAACUGGAAGUCGGGGCUCAAUCUCGCAACGAAACACUACAGUCUGGAUCCAACACUGUAGUCAAUCCACGAAGUCUCAAAAAAUACAAGGAUAACGCUGACAAAUAUCUAGAUGACAUCAUGAAAAAGUUCACGCGCUCAACGGUAGGUGUCACGAAAAUCGUGGAGGAUAUCUACGCAAUGGAUGGCUUCAAUAACUUUGCAACCGAAGUCCAAGCACACUUGGUUGGUCGAAAACCCGGUGAAAUGACCAAAUCCAAAUCAGUCGCCAGUUUCAUAGCAGAGUCGUUGCGUCCCUCUCAAGUUAUUGCAGAAGUAACCGGGUUGAAACAUUGGCCAUGGAGUAGAUGUGAUCUCACUCUCGCGGAAGCCGGAUUCAAACUUGAAUUACUCCCUGGCGCACGAUCAGUUGAAGCGACCUUCAGAUCAGUCAGUAGCAACAUCACACGUGCCAAACUCUUGGCCCUCGAAAGCGACCUCGAGAACAACUUGAUCCGCCUGGCUCCACUUAAUCAAACAACUCCGGCUCAACCUCAACGCACUGCAAACACUGAAAAUACUGAAAAUACUACCGAUACUGCUACAUCUCGCGUUCCCCCUUCUGAUACCCUAGAUUCCAUGUCUUCGGAAACCGUGUCGCAUUCAUAA